CGCACAAGAAUGUGGUACAGGCUCGACGGCCGCCAUUUUCUUUCUUUCUUAGCAGUUAGCUUAGAGGAGGUCUCUGCGAAGAAGCGGCAGCGGCCACUGUAGGGUAACCAUGGCAGACUAUUCAACGGUGCCUCCACCCUCCUCGGGCUCAGCUGGUGGUGGCGGUGGCGGCGGUGGAGGAGUGAACGAUGCUUUCAAAGAUGCGCUGCAGAGAGCCCGGCAGAUUGCAGCAAAAAUUGGAGGUGAUGCUGGUACAUCACUGAACUCAAAUGACUAUGGUUAUGGGGGACAAAAAAGACCUUUAGAAGAUGGAGAUGGCUCUUGGACAAGUCCGAGCAGUACAACACACUGGGAGGGAAUGCCCUCUCCUUUUAAAGAUCAACCAGAUGCUAAGAAAGUUGCUCCUCAAAAUGACUCUUUUGGAACACAGUUACCACCAAUGCAUCAGCAGCAAAGCAGGUCUGUAAUGACGGAAGAAUACAAAGUUCCAGAUGGAAUGGUUGGAUUCAUAAUUGGCCGAGGAGGUGAACAGAUCUCGCGCAUACAACAGGAAUCUGGAUGCAAAAUACAGAUAGCUCCUGACAGUGGUGGCCUUCCAGAAAGAUCUUGUAUGUUAACUGGAACACCUGAAUCUGUCCAAUCAGCAAAACGGUUAUUGGACCAAAUUGUUGAAAAAGGAAGACCAGCUCCUGGCUUCCAUCAUGGUGAUGGACCAGGAAAUGCAGUUCAAGAAAUCAUGAUUCCAGCCAGCAAGGCAGGAUUAGUUAUUGGGAAGGGAGGAGAAACUAUUAAACAACUUCAGGAACGGGCUGGAGUUAAAAUGGUUAUGAUUCAAGAUGGACCUCAGAACACUGGUGCUGAUAAACCUCUUAGGAUUACAGGAGACCCAUACAAAGUUCAACAAGCCAAGGAAAUGGUAUUAGAGUUAAUUCGUGAUCAAGGUGGUUUCAGAGAAGUUCGAAAUGAGUAUGGGUCAAGAAUAGGAGGAAAUGAAGGGAUAGAUGUCCCCAUUCCAAGAUUUGCUGUUGGCAUUGUAAUAGGAAGAAAUGGAGAGAUGAUUAAAAAAAUACAAAAUGAUGCCGGUGUUCGAAUUCAGUUUAAACCAGAUGAUGGAACAACACCGGAUAGAAUAGCACAAAUAACAGGACCUCCAGACCGAUGUCAGCAUGCUGCAGAAAUUAUUACAGACCUCCUUCGAAGUGUUCAGGCUGGUAAUCCUGGUGGACCUGGACCUGGUGGUCGAGGGAGAGGUCGAGGUCAGGGCAACUGGAAUAUGGGACCACCUGGUGGGCUACAGGAAUUUAAUUUCAUUGUACCAACUGGGAAGACUGGAUUGAUAAUAGGAAAAGGAGGUGAAACUAUAAAAAGCAUAAGCCAACAAUCUGGUGCAAGAAUAGAACUUCAGAGAAAUCCUCCACCAAAUGCAGAUCCUAAUAUGAAGUUAUUUACAAUUCGUGGCACUCCACAGCAAAUAGACUAUGCUCGACAGCUCAUAGAAGAAAAGAUUGGUGGCCCAGUAAAUCCUUUAGGGCCGCCUGUACCCCAUGGGCCACAUGGUGUCCCAGGCCCCCAUGGACCUCCUGGGCCUCCAGGGCCUGGAACACCAAUGGGGCCGUACAAUCCUGCACCUUAUAACCCGGGACCACCUGGCCCUGCUCCUCAUGGUCCUCCAGCCCCAUAUGCUCCCCAGGGGUGGGGAAAUGCCUAUCCACACUGGCAGCAACAGGCUCCUCCUGAUCCAGCUAAGGCAGGAACAGAUCCAAAUUCAGCAGCCUGGGCUGCUUAUUACGCUCACUAUUAUCAGCAACAAGCACAGCCACCACCUGCAGCUCCUACGGGUGCACCAACCACAACCCAAACUAAUGGACAAGGAGAUCAGCAGAAUCCAGCUCCAGCUGGACAGGUUGAUUAUACCAAGGCUUGGGAAGAAUACUACAAGAAAAUGGGUCAACAAGGGCAGACACAAGAUUAUUCAAAGGCUUGGGAGGAAUAUUACAAGAAGCAAGGUCAAGCAGUUCCUGCUCCUACUGGGGCUCCACCAGGUGGUCAGCCAGAUUAUAGUGCAGCCUGGGCUGAGUACUAUAGACAACAAGCAGCCUACUAUGCCCAGACAAGUCCACAGGGAAUGCCACAGCAUCCUCCAGCACCUCAGGGAUUUGAAAAUCAUGCAAGAAGCCACCACCAUUUAUAUUAACCAGUUUUUCUUUCUUAAAGGAUUCACUCCUGAGUUAGCUCCAUUUAAAGGAUUUUCUUUAACUUUUUGUGUAUUUCUUAUGUAUCUCUUCUGCACAGGGCCAAUAAUAAGAAGUGGAC